CUAGGCUAAGGCAGCGGAACCUGGCACCUUCUGCUUUGGGUUGGUUCUCCGGAACUGCUGCUACUUUCUCGCCAGAAAACCAGGAAGACCGGUGGGGGAGAAGGCAAGCCUUGCGAAGACCAGCACCAUGUCUCUGAGCGGCGCCUUCAGGGCCGUGGGCAACGAGCCUGGGAUCAUCACCUGGCGGAUCGAGAAACUGGAGCUGGCGCUGGUGCCCCUGAGUGCCCAUGGCAACUUCUAUGAGGGGGACUGCUACGUCAUCCUCUCGACACGAAGAGUGGGCAGCCUCCUCUCCCAGGACAUCCACUUCUGGAUCGGGAAGGACUCCUCCCAGGAUGAGCAGAGCUGCGCGGCCAUCUACACUACACAGCUGGACGACUACCUGGGAGGCAGCCCUGUGCAGCACCGAGAGGUCCAGUACCAUGAGUCUGACACCUUCCACGGCUACUUCAAGCAGGGCAUCGUCUACAAGAAGGGGGGUGUGGCCUCCGGGAUGAAGCAUGUGGAGACCAACACCUAUGACGUGAAGCGGCUGCUACACGUGAAGGGGAAAAGAAACAUCAGGGCCACCGAGGUGGAAAUGAGCUGGGACAGUUUUAACCAAGGUGAUGUCUUCUUGCUGGACCUUGGGAAGGCCAUCAUCCAAUGGAAUGGCCCAGAGAGCAACAGCGGAGAGCGCCUGAAGGCUAUGCUUCUGGCAAAGGAUAUUCGGGACAGAGAGCGAGGGGGCCGUGCUGAAAUAGGUGUGAUCGAGGGAGACAAGGAGGCAGCGAGUCCGGAGCUGAUGAAGGUCCUUCAGGACACCCUCGGCCAACGCUCCAUUAUCAAGCCUGCAGUCCCCGAUGAGAUCAUAGAUCAGCAGCAGAAAUCAAACAUCAUGUUGUAUCAUGUCUCAGACUCAGCUGGGCAGCUGGCGGUCACAGAGGUAGCAACAAGACCACUGGUCCAGGACUUACUGAACCAUGAUGACUGCUACAUCUUAGACCAAAGUGGGACCAAGAUCUACGUGUGGAAAGGAAGAGGGGCCACAAAGAUUGAGAAACAGACAGCCAUGUCUAAAGCCCUGAGCUUCAUCCAGAUGAAGGGCUACCCCAGCAGCACCAACGUGGAGACCGUCAACGACGGUGCCGAGUCGGCCAUGUUUAAGCAGUUGUUCCAGAAGUGGUCAGUGAAGGACCAGACCACCGGCCUGGGGAAAACAUUUGGCAUUGGCAAAAUCGCUAAAGUUUUCCAGGAGAAAUUUGAUGUGACCCUGCUGCACGCCAAGCCGGAGGUGGCUGCCCAGGAAAGAAUGGUCGAUGAUGGCAAUGGAAAAGUUGAGGUCUGGAGAAUUGAAAACCUGGAGCUGGUCCCUGUGGAGCAUCAGUGGUAUGGCUUCUUUUAUGGGGGAGACUGCUAUCUGGUCCUCUACACGUACGAGGUGAAUGGGAAGCCACAUUACGUCUUGUACAUCUGGCAGGGCCGCCACGCCUCAAAGGAUGAGCUGGCAGCCUCGGCAUACCAGGCCGUGGAGGUGGAUCAGGAGUUUGCUGGGGCCCCGGUGCAGGUUCGAGUUACCAUGGGGAAGGAGCCACGCCACUUCAUGGCCAUCUUCAAAGGGAAGCUCGUUAUCUUUGAGGGUGGGACUUCCAGAAAGGGAAACGCUGAGCCCGACCCUCCAGUGAGGCUCUUCCGGAUUCAAGGAAAUGACAAAUCCAACACCAAAGCGGUGGAGGUUCCAGCCUUGGCCUCCUCCCUAAACUCCAAUGAUGUCUUUCUGCUGCGGGCCCAAGCAGAACACUACCUGUGGUACGGCAAGGGAUCUAGUGGGGAUGAGCGGGCAAUGGCCAAGGAGCUGGCUGGCCUUCUCUGCGAGGGCACCGAGGACACUGUGGCCGAGGGCCAGGAGCCGGCUGAGUUCUGGGACCUGCUGGGAGGCAAGACUGCCUACGCCAAUGACAAAAGACUACAGCAAGAAAUCCUAGACACGCAGCCCCGUCUCUUUGAGUGUUCCAAUAAGACAGGGCGGUUCGUUGUCACUGAGAUCACAGACUUCACCCAGGAUGACCUGAACCCAGGUGAUGUGAUGCUCCUGGAUACCUGGGACCAGGUAUUCUUGUGGAUCGGGGCUGAGGCCAAUGCCACAGAGAGGGAGAGAGCCCUCACGACGGCCGCGGAGUAUCUGCACACUCACCCCAGUGGCCGAGACGCUGACACACCGAUCCUGAUCAUUAAACAGGGGUUUGAGCCUCCCACCUUCACAGGAUGGUUCUUGGCCUGGGACUCGCAUAUGUGGAGUGCAGGGAAAUCGUAUGAACAGUUAAAAGAAGAGCUGGGAGACACUGCUGCUAUCACAAGAAUCACCGCGGACAUGAGGAACGCAACCCUCUCCCUGAAUUCUGAGCCAAAAUAUUACCCUAUAGAAGUUCUGUUGAAAAAUCAAAAUCAGGAGCUGCCUGAGGAUGUGAACCCUGCCAAAAAGGAGAAUUAUCUCUCUGAACAGGACUUUAUUUCUGUGUUUGGCAUCACAAGAGGGCAAUUUGCUGCUCUGCCUGGCUGGAAGCAGCUCCAAAUGAAGAAAGAAAAGGGGCUUUUCUAAGGCAAGAAGCUAUAUGCCUACUGCAAGACCACAGAAGAGAGCAGAGCGUGCCAAUAUCAGGAAAAGAAUUUACCUGCCAAUUUUUGCCUAAUAGCCAGCUCCUUAAGUCAGAUGCAAAUCACAGCAUGUUCUCCAUUUUUCUCAUCCCUGCAUUCCUUGUUAUAUACCUAAAAUGUUAAAUACUCAGUUUUCGAUUUUUGUGGCCUUCCGGUGUCCCAGCAGAAAGCACUAAACCUGCAUCAUGAAUCCACUGAAGUCAAAGUAAGAGAAAAAAAAA